AUGCCUAAUUGGAAGUCUUAUGAAGCAACUGUUCGCCUCCUCAGCGCCAUUGUUGCUGCACACCCAAAUCUCAAACUCGAUUACGCAGCAAUAUCCAAAUACUACGGAGAUGAGUCAAAUUAUCACCAAAUAUGGCGUUGUAUGAGUGGCAUAAAGCGUAAUGCCGAGAGCCUCCGAAAAGCAGUCGAUGCAGGACUCAAUGCCUCUACCGUCAAUCUCGAGAACGAUUUUAGCGUUAAGAAAGCAAUCAGCAUUCGCUUUGGUGGAGAUUGCACUGCCUCUGCGCUUGACAACAGAUUUAGGCGUUUGAAGUCUGAUGCUAAACUGAUCAACGCUGCCGUUGCCAGAGGACAAGAUCCUAUCCUCAUGAAUGUGGGCGAUACAAAUGGAGAGGUUGCCUGCAAGGGAAAGGAUUUGUCCCUUUUUGCCUACACUAAUGCUGCAUUAGCGACUUCCGUGCUUAUGGGAUCAGCAACUCCAGCUAGUCACAUCCAAUCACAGCUUCGAGAAACCAUCAAACCUCUUGGUGAACGCUUGAUUGCCAUGCGUGAUGCCGGCGAGGACUGUAAAGAUGUUGAUUUGACAGACUUGGGUACUCGCCGAUAUAAGGCUGAGAUUGCUGCAAAGAUGGGAUCAGAUGUCACUCCUAUUAGUGUUAAAGCACAGUUCAGUCGAAGCUUCAGAGUUUUGGCUGCUCGUCAAAAUGCUUUAUGUGCUGUUGGCAAAGACCCCAAGGAUGCCAGUUUGGACAAAUUGGGUAGUCAACAGAAGUCUGAGACUGCAAGGAUUAUGGGAUCAGACACUACUCCUUCAUCUCUCCAGAAUCACUUUCGUCGGACUGUCAAAGUUCUUUGCAAACGUCAGAUGUCGAUGCUAGCAGCAGGUCAAGACUCUAUGGAAGUCAGCCUUGAUGGUCUAGGAGGUGAGAUCGUUGCAAUUAUGGGAUCAGAUGUUACCGUUGAUGCUAUUAAGCAACAGAUUGGAAAGCGUAUCAAGGUUCUUGGCAGUCGCCAAACCAAGAUGCGAGCAGCCGGUCGAGAUCCCAAGAGUGUUGAUCUGGAAGGUUUAAUGCCUGCCAAGAAGGAAAAGGAUGAAAUGGACAAAUUCAUGGGAGAUUCCACUAUGAACGGUCUUCGAUUUCAAUUCGACACUCGUUACAAGGUCAUCGCCAAACGUCAGAAAGCCAUGCUUGCUGCAGGCGAAAAUCCUUCAACGGUUGAUAUUGUCACUGGCGGCAAGACUGAAGUUCAAAAGUGUUUUGGUUCAGAUGCUACUGCUGGUAGAAUCAAAUUCCAAUUUGCAACCACCAUCAAGAAGCAUGUCGACCAGAUUCGCAGUGCGAGAGCUGCUGGCAAAGACUGCAAAGAUAUCAUACUCAAUUCCAAUGGUCUCUUGAUUUACAUAUUCCAUUGCGGGCCUUGA